CCUAAUUCUCUUCCAACUCUAUGUCUGGGUGAUAUUGGCUGGAAAGUGGACUAGCAGGCAGGCGUGGUAAGGAAGCUGCUGCAGCUGACCUGUCAAAUCAAAGAGCCUGCAGGAUGGAUGGAACAAGCUCAUCUGCUUAGCUGUUUUGAUUGGGAAGGCACGGGAGAAGAGAUUAAUUGCUGCAGAUAUUGGGGCUGGGAAACAGAUGCUAGAAGAUGCUUAAAGAGGUACCAAGAAGUAAACUCUAGACAGCCGUGAAGAUGAGCAACGAAACCACCCCGGAGGCAGUCUCUUCCCCCCCGGUCUCCUCCCCGCCCCCCCAAGGACAGCGUUACUUCGAUCGGUUCUCCGAAGAUGACCCAGAAUAUCUGCGCAUCCGGAACAUGGCGGCCGAUCUCCGGCAGGACUUCAACAUGAUGGAGCAGAAGAAGCGAGUCACCAUGAUCCUGCAGAGCCCAUCUUUCAGAGAGGAGCUGGAGAGCCUUAUCCAAGACCAAAUGAAGAAAGGGAACAACUCCAACAUCUGGGCCCUGCGACAGAUCGCGGAUUUCAUGUCCAGCACUGCUCCCUCCGUCUUCCCCACCUCUCCCAUCAGUCUCUCCAUGGUGACGCCCAUCAACGACCUCCAUGGCACCGAGUCGCUGUCCCUAGUGAAAGGGGAGCGGCUCAUGCGUUGCAAGGUUGGCAGCAUCUACCGACUGCUGGACCUGUACGGCUGGGCGCAGCUCAGCAACACCUACGUCACGAUGCGUGUCAGCAAAGAACAGGAUCACUUCUUGAUCUGCCCUAAAGGUCUUUCGUGUAAUGAAGUCACCGCUUCUAGUCUGAUUAAAGUGAACAUCCUGGGUGAAGUGGUGGAGCAGGGCAGCACCAGUUUUUCCGUGGACGCUAGAGGAUUCGGCCUGCACUCAGCCAUUUAUGCAGCCAGACCCGACGUCAGAUGUAUUAUCCACUUGCACACGCCUGCCACUGCGGCGGUGUCUGCCAUGAAAUGUGGCAUCCUGCCUGUAUCCCACGAUGCAUUGCUGCUGGGCAACAUGGUGUACUUCGAUUUCAAUGGAGAGAUGGAGGAAGAGGCAGACAGGAUUGAGCUACAGAAGUGCCUUGGACCAACCUGCAAGAUCCUGGUGCUGCGAAAUCACGGCGUGAUCACUCUGGGAGAUACAGUGGAGGAAGCUUUUUAUAAAACCUUUCACUUGCAGGCUGCUUGUGAGAUCCAGGUCUCUGCCUUGUCUAGCGCUGGGGGAGCUGAGAAUCUGAUUGUGCUGGAGCGGGAGAAGUACAGGCCCCACGAUGUUGGGUCAGUCCGAUGGGCCGGGAGCACGUUCGGACCCAUGCAGAAGAGCCGCCUGGGAGAGCAUGAGUUUGAGGCCCUCAUGCGAAUGCUGGACAACCUGGGUUACCGAACAGGCUACACGUACCGGUACCCUUUUGUCCAGGAGAAAAUCAAGCAUAAAAGCGAUGUGCUGAUCCCUGCCACCGUCACAGCAUUCGUCUUUGAGGAGGAGGUUGCUCCCAUCGCCACCCUCCGACAGCAUGCCCAGAAGCAGCAGAAGGAGAAGACCCGCUGGCUAAACACGCCCAACACCUACCUACGGGUGAACGUAGCUGAGGAGAAUCAGAGAAGCGCGGGCAGCCAGCGGACUAAGACCACGUGGAUGAAGGCCGACGAGGUGGAAAAAGCCAGCAGCGGGACCCCGAUCCGAAUUGAAAACCCCAACCAAUUUGUGCCUCUCUACACAGACCCACAGGAAGUGCUGGAAAUGAGGAACAAGAUUCGGGAGCAAAACCGCCAGGAUGUGAAAUCGGCAGGACCCCAGUCCCAGCUCUUAGCCAGCGUGAUAGCAGAGAAGAGCAGGAGUCCGUCUGCGGAGAGUAACCUGGCUUCCAAAGCAGACACGGAGACACAAGAAGAAUCCCAGGAGGAGAUACCAACUGAGCCAGAGCCCCCAAACCCGUUCAGCCAGCUAACCGACCAAGAGCUGGAGGAGUACAAGAAAGAGGUGGAAAGAAAGAAACUGGGAUUAGACGGUGAGAGAGACGCGAGCGUGGAGGAAUCUCAGGCUUCUCCUGUGAAGUCUCCCUGCGCUUCCCCACAGCGAAGCCCCACAAAGUCUCCACCAAAGAGCCCACCCGUGUCCCCCGCGAAGUCCUCAGACGGUGCUAAGAAGACGGACACCAGCCAAGCCCUUGCCGAUCCCACUGCUGCUGGAGAGGAGGUGCAGCUGGCAGCGGUGGUCGUGAACGGGAAAGAUGACGACCAAACUGCAGAAGACACCCUAAGCAAAGGAAUGAGCCAGAUGACCACAACCACAGAUGCUGACCCAGAUGCCCCUAAGGACAAAACCGAGUCAAUUACUAGUGGGCCUGUGUCCCCAGAAGGCUCGCCAUCCAAAUCUCCCUCCAAGAAGAAGAAGAAAUUCCGGACCCCAUCCUUCCUGAAAAAGGGCAAAAAGAAGGAGAAGGCUGAAUCUUGAUUCCUCUCCAGGCCUUCUCCUCCUGCUGCUUCCUUCCUUCUCCCCCACCCACCAAGGUCACCAGAGCAGUAGAGGAAGCUGAUAGCCAAUAGCUGCCUCUCCUAGAAUGGUUUGUGCUGAGAUAGAACCAGAGGUUGAGGGUCCUGGAAUGACUCCUGUGUAAUACGUGUGGCUGAGACAACAUCUAGACUUUGGGGGAAAUGAGGCAAAUUUUCUGGGUACUCAUGGCGCGAGACGUAUCAUUCCCUGUUAAACCGGUUUUUGAAGAAGUAAGCGAGUUUAGGAAUGAUUGUGGUCCUUAUUUUCUGCUCAAGGGAGCUAGUCACUAAUUUCACAAGCUGUAAAACUGGUUCUCUGUACCAGUUCCUCCUCGUCACAGCACUAAUGCUCCAAACCAUUUAUCUCCUGUGGGCUGUUUUUCCACAUGCUGCUACCUUUACAGCCCAUGUGGCCGCCUUUUAGAAAUAAUUUGGUGCAAGAAAAGACCCUCGUGAAACAGGAGGGGACAUUGACAAUGAUUGAUUCCCUUUUUCCAGUUCUGCAGUGGAAUCCUGGCUAAUUACAGUGUUGCAAUUCGCUGUAUAAUCUCAAAUGGAGACGAUCCAGUUUUAUCAAAACCCAAAGGUGAAGGAUUGCUCUCCUAGAAGGAAGGGUCAGGCUAUGGACCCAUGACCUUUUGCCUCCUGGGCCUUACACCUAGGCCAACAAGCCAUUUUCAAGUUCCUUUCUAGCCAGAAUGGUGACACCAAGUUAUCUAACGAUCCAUUUGCUGCAGUAGUGAAGCCUCUUGGAAAUGACUAUUGUGUCUCAGUCGGUGGGGAAGUACACAAAUCCCUCCCUCACAAUAACACACAAGAUAACGUGUCCCACUAUAUUUAUAGUGGUAAGAGCGGGGAAGGAAAAAAGCCUCCGGGAACUCUCUAUGUUAAGUUUAAUAAGCAAGAAAAUUUCAGUCACUAAGUGCUAUUUUGUUAGUUUGGAAUAAAUGCACGCUGACGAUAUCGCUCCUGUAAUAAUCACUCCAGAAUGAAAAGCCUAUAGAAAAUGCGACUUCACCCCCACUUGCUGCGCUACUAAUUAAUUACACUUAGAUGAGGCUGCGAUGCAGAUAUGAGACCUUUUAGCACUUUUCAUUGCGUUCAGCUUCCGCUGGCUCAGCACAUGCCAUUCUGGACUGGCAGCGAAGCGGGGUUGUGAGUGCAUUCCCUCUUCCCCACCCGCACUCUCCCACCAACCCCGACUCCAGAGUGAAAAUGAAACACGAGUUCACACCUGUGACAUGUUAUUGCCAACUGGCUUAACCUGCCCCCCCCAUCUCUAACCUUCACCCCCUCUUCAAAAUAAGACAAAGUUACCAACAGAUGAGGAUUAUUACAAUUUACAAUCAGAGAAUCAUAGAAAUAUAGGGUUAGAAGGGUCAUUGAGAGACCAUCUGAUUCAUCCCCCCAUGCUAAGGUAGGAUUAAGUAAACCUAGACCAUCCCUGACAGGUGUUUGUCCAACCUGUUCUUAGAAUCCUCCAAUGAUGUAGAUUCCACAUCCUCCCUCGGUAACCUGUUCCAGUGCUUAACCAUCCGGAUAGUUAGAAAGGUUGAGCUAACAUCUAACCUAUCAUGCCACAGUUAAAGGAGAUAAACAGGCCAAUGUUCCUCUGUCAGUUUGAGGACUCUGGCAUUAAAGGUGCUAACCAAAUGAGAGCUUGAUCUUGCUCCAUUGAAACAGGAUUUCCAUUGGCUUAAAUGGGAGCUGGAUCAGACCCCGAAGGCUUAAGGUCGCUGUUCUCAAACAAUGGGCUAUUGUUAGUCCGCAGAAUGGCACUUGGAGAACCAUGCAAGGGGGUGGGGGGUGUGUGUGUGUGUGUGUGUGUGUGUGUGUGUGUUGAGAAACUGGGAAAGAGGUGGUCCAUGGAGAAAUCUUUCUCUGUCAUCAGGUCCACAGAAUGGAAGGCUUGAGAACAACUGACGUAGAAGGAUAUUGUAGUCUGUAUACUGACGCAGUAUUCUGGGUCAGGCUCAUCGCUAACGUCUACCAGUAGUUCUAUAAGAUCAGAAAGCGAGGCUACUUUCUGUAGUGGCCUGGACUUGAAACCGUGACGCUGAACGCCAAUGAAGUUUGGAUUUGGAUGUGAUUCCGGUUCCAUAAUUUGUGAGCCGGAUCCAUCUCUGCCUGUAUGAAGCAAAAUGGUUGGAAAAAUUCUGAUAAAAAAGCAACACCUUUCGUUGUGGUGUUGUGGUUUUUUGUUUUUUUUUAAAAUGUUCCAACCCUGUGGUUUUCAGAGUCUCAUUUGUGCUGGAAUGAGGCUGUGGGGUCUAGUGGUUAAAGCACAUAACUGCAUCUUAGGAUAAACCAGGGUUCUAUUCUCCGCUCUGGCCUGGUGGUUGACCUUGGAUUAGUCUCUGCACCUCAGUUUCCCCUAUGUGCUUUGAGCUCUGCUGUUGAAAAGUGCUAUCUGUGAACGCUAGGUAUGGUUAUUUAUUAUUCCCCUUCACAGUAACAGAAUCUGUUCAGGCAAAAUGUCCUUGAAAUAAUCUUUUUUUAAUAAGGCUCUUGUGGUGGGGAAUCCAAGAACGUGCAUUCCAGCAAGAUCCAUACUGAGAAAGUAGCUGAUGCAUUUUCUUCAUAGGGUAGGGAAUCAGCUCCCCAAUCUUGCAUCACGAUUUGCCUUAAUACAGAACUUUGGGGUGAUUCGCAAUUUUUAAUAAGCACCAAUAUCUUGCUUUGCCACCUUUUUUGGGGAGGGGGAGGGGUAGAAUGGAGGGGAAGAUAUUUUGAAAACACCAGUUAUUUUUAUUUUAAAGAGCAAGUUACUAGGUAUGCUUGGCAAAUGUGGAACAUGGAAAAAAAAAUCAACAAAAAAAACCUCAGCAGCAAAAACGCCGGACCUUUUAGAUAUGUGCUCUUGGUGUUCAUGUAUGCUAGAUAAAUUAAAUCCAGGUCCUUAAGGUUAGCUGUGCUUAAGUUUCUGUUGCCUAAAUCCAUUGUAUGCACGAUGGGCAGAUUUUGACAAAUUAAAGGCCCAAACCUAUAAAUAUUUA